AUGUUAUCGAUUGUUUAUUUUAUUGCCUCUUCACUAAUUUUUCUAUCAGUUGAUUCCCAUCUGAUUUCUGUUAAAGGACAUCUCAAGUGUGCUGAAUACCCGGCUUCAGCAGUUACGGUCAAGUUAUGGAAAAAUUCAGAAAAAUCCGUCAUCAACGACACCCAUUCUGAUAAACAAGGAAACUUUGAACUGACGGCGAACACAAUCGAGCAAGUCUACACCCCAUACAUCGCUGUAUACCACGACUGUGACGAUGGAGUGAAGCCAGGACAACGAAAAAUAAAGUUUGAGAUUCCCAAAUAUUAUGUCGGAUCAGGUCUCACUUUCGAUUUGGGCUCAUUUAACCUGGAAACCCGUGUGAAACACAACGAGGAACGACAAUCCCACGUGGAUAGAAGACGUCGACAUCAAGAAGAGUUGGUGGAGAGAAGAACCACUCAAAAUGUAUUCAGAGGGAGAGAUGCGGAACCAGAUGAAAGAAAUGAUCCUUGGUAG